CCACUAGAUGUGGGCACAGCCGCCGCCCGGAUUCCGUGUCCUGGACAGUCACUGGGCGCGCGCAGCGGGCACUGCUCUCGAACCUUCCCCGGGGCGGGCCGGAGGCCGGGCGACGAGUCUUUUCCAAAAGGGGCGUCUGCAUCCUCGUAGUCAAGCCACGAAAGCAACCCUCUCCACGGUAAACCACUGGUGGGGCGGCCGCUGUCGCCUCCAGGCUCCAGGAAGGAGCUUCCCGCCGGUCUAAGGCCCCGGCUGGUGAGGGCGGAAGUGGUUCCCCUGCCAUAAGGAUGACAGUCCUAGGGCACCCUCGAAGUUGGAACUGUCAGUGGUUGCCACUCAUGCUGCUGCUGGGCACAGGCCAUGAGCCAGAGGUGGAAGGUGUGACACACUACAAGGCCGGCGACCCCGUCAUUCUAUAUGUGAACAAAGUGGGACCUUACCAUAACCCUCAGGAGACUUACCACUACUAUCAGCUUCCAGUCUGCUGCCCUGAGAAGAUACGCCACAAAAGCCUUAGCCUGGGUGAAGUAUUGGAUGGUGACCGAAUGGCUGAGUCUUUGUAUGAGAUCCGCUUUCGGGAGAAUGCGGAAAGGAGAAUUCUGUGCCACAUGCAGCUUAGUUCUGCACAGGUGGAACAGCUCCGCCAGGCCAUUGAGGAAUUGUACUACUUUGAAUUUGUGGUGGACGACUUGCCACUCCGUGGCUUUGUGGGCUACAUGGAGGAGAGUGGCUUCCUGCCUCACAGCCACAAGAUAGGACUCUGGACCCAUUUGGACUUCCACCUAGAAUUUCAUGGAGAUCGAAUCAUAUUUGCCAACGUCUCAGUGAGGGAUGUCAAGCCCCACAGUUUAGAUGGGUUACGACCUGAUGAGUUCCUAGGCCUCACACACACUUACAGUGUGCGCUGGUCUGAGACUUCAGUGGAGCGUCGGAGUGAUAGGCGCCGUGGUGAUGAUGGGGGUUUCUUUCCCCGAACACUGGAAAUUCAUUGGUUGUCCAUCAUCAAUUCCAUGGUGCUUGUGUUUCUACUGGUGGGUUUUGUGGCUGUCAUUCUCAUGCGUGUGCUUCGGAACGACCUGGCUCGGUACAACUUGGAUGAGGAGACAACCUCUGCAGGUUCUGUUGAUGACUUUGACCAAGGUGACAAUGGCUGGAAAAUUAUCCAUACAGAUGUCUUCCGUUUCCCUCCAUACCGUGGUCUGCUCUGUGCUGUGCUUGGUGUGGGUGCCCAGUUCCUGGCCCUUGGCACUGGCAUUAUUGUCAUGGCGCUGCUGGGGAUGUUCAAUGUGCACCGUCAUGGGGCCAUUAACUCAGCAGCCAUCUUGUUGUAUGCCCUGACCUGCUGCAUCUCUGGCUACGUGUCCAGCCACUUCUACCGGCAGAUCGGAGGCGAGCGUUGGGUGUGGAACAUCAUUCUCACCACCAGUCUCUUCUCUGUGCCUUUCUUCCUGACAUGGAGUGUGGUGAACUCGGUACAUUGGGCCAAUGGUUCGACACAGGCUCUGCCAGCCACCACCAUCCUGCUGCUUCUGACAGUUUGGCUUCUGGUGGGCUUUCCCCUCACUAUCAUUGGAGGUAUCUUUGGGAAGAACAACGCUAGCCCCUUUGAUGCACCUUGUCGCACCAAGAACAUCGCCCGAGAAAUCCCGCCCCAGCCCUGGUACAAGUCUACUCUCAUCCACAUGACUGUUGGAGGUUUCCUGCCUUUCAGUGCCAUCUCUGUGGAGCUGUACUACAUCUUUGCCACAGUAUGGGGUCGGGAGCAGUACACUUUGUAUGGCAUCCUCUUCUUUGUCUUCGCCAUUCUGCUGAGUGUGGGGGCUUGCAUCUCUAUUGCUCUCACCUACUUCCAGUUGUCUGGGGAGGAUUACCGGUGGUGGUGGCGCUCUGUGCUGAGUGUUGGCUCCACUGGGCUCUUCAUCUUUCUCUACUCAGUUUUCUACUAUGCCAGACGCUCCAACAUGUCAGGGCCGGUACAGACAGUGGAGUUCUUUGGCUACUCCUUACUCACUGGUUAUGUCUUCUUCCUCAUGCUGGGCACCAUCUCCUUUUUUUCUUCCCUAAAGUUCAUCCGUUAUAUCUAUGUUAACCUCAAGAUGGACUAAGUUUUGGGUGGCAAAACUAUUACUCCUGUCUCCCUUUUUUCACGCUCCAUUUCUCUCUCUUAUCAACAUCUCUUCUGAUUGUGCGAUGGCGUUGUUGCCCUCCCCUUUGGGCCUCCCUUUUCCAGAGAGGGCCUGGAAAUUAUAAAUCUCUAUUAUAUAAGAAGUAUAUAUUUGAACUUUUUAAGUUGCCUUUAGGUUUGGCCCUGACUUUUCUUUUUACAAUUAUCAAAAUAAAAUUUGUUAAGAAAAAGGA